AUGAGUAGGAUCGCAUUCGACAUCCAGCCCAUCAACCGCUUCGCGGGUACGAGCGCUGCGAUUCGGAGGCCGAAGGAGAUCGCUUUCUUCUCAUACGAUGAGAACCACCAAUUCCGCCUCGAUGACUCGUCGCUCCGCUACUACUACCCUCCGCGACUAGGCGCCGACCUCUCUGCUGGCUUCGAGACCUUCCGUCAAUUAGACGAUGCAGCGGACGAUCACCUUGACAGCCUUCUGCGCACGCUUAUCGCGCACGAGCAGAAGACUGGACAGCGCUGCGAGGCAGAUUUUGUGACAUGGCGUGGGAUGAUGACCAAGAUCAUGGCUGUACCUUUUGACAAUUUCAACGACUUCGAGAUGAACGCAACAUGUUUCCAAGGGACUAUAUUCAUCGAAGAGAACCAUGAAGCCAAAUUGGCAUCUCGCGAACAGCAGAUGAAGCAGCAAUCACGGCCUGGCGCGCCAUCACAAGAAAUGAUGAGCUACUGGGGAUACAAGUUUGAAACACUGUGUCUAAUACCUGACACCUGGGAUGCAGUGUCUCGCGACUACAUCGAAAAUCGAGAGAACGAAGUCGUGAGCAACUAUGCACAGUAUUGCUCCGUAGUCCGAACUGGCAUCUGCAACGCGAGCCUCAUCAUCGGCGGCGAAGUGGACGCGGUGUGGGAUUGCAAGCCCGACGACAAAGACCAACCCAUCAACUGGGUCGAGCUAAAGACAGCGCAAGACUUCGGCGCCACCGGCAACCUCUUGACCUUUGAGCGCAAGCUCUUGAAGUUCUGGAUUCAGUCCUUCUUACUUGGCGUACCAAAGAUCAUAGUGGGCUUCCGCAGCCCGGAUGGUAUUCUUCAGCGAGUCGAGGAGCUUGAGACGCAGAAAAUCCCUGGGAAUGUCAAGAGGUCUGGCAAAGCGAGCUGGGACGGCAACUUGUGUAUUAACUUCACGGCUUCGUUUCUCGCCUUCCUGAAGGAGACUAUCACCAGUGACGGCGUAUGGCGCAUACGGCGACGAAGAAACUCAUCGUUGGUAGAGGUACUGAAGAUGGAGGAAACCGGGUACGGCGAUAUUCUCUCGACGGAGUUCGUGGAGUGGCGGCAGCAGAUGGCCGCACAGGCGCAGAGCCAGCCCUGA